UUAAGGCGAACACACAGCCCUGAGAAGGAAAAGCCGGAGGCUAUAAAGAGACAGUUUUCCAAAACUCAAUUCCGGCUGGCUAAAUUGAAAAUUGAAAAUUGAAAAGCGAAAAGCGUUGUGUUGUUUCGGGCCAAGCAAAUGUGCCACAGACGUUUCAACAUCUUGAAAAGCCUUAAAAAAACAUAUGAAAAAUUCUGAAAAUUCUCAAAAAUUCUAAAAAUUCUCAAAAAAAAAAACAAAACAUUUUUUUCCACAUUUUUGUUUCUGUGCUUUGUGACCAUAAAAACUCAAGCGAAAAAAAUAAAUAGAAAAACUUUCCGAAUGCCAGGAAUUCAUCAGGAUGAAUGCCGUUUAAUCACCAACAGCACCGCCACCAUAUAGAUCCUUAAAGAAAAUGCAGCAGAAAAUCACAGCUGUUUACUAAGGAAGCCACGCCAUGGACAACAACAGCAGUACGGACGUACUGUACCAGUACCGGUUAGCCCCAUCCGCCAGUCCGGACAUGGGGGAACUGGGGGAUCUACGUCAAGGAGGCAUGCCAAGACUGCCGGGUGGCAACGAAUCGCAGCUGGAAAUGCCCGACUAUGGGAAUGAGAGCAGCCUGGACUAUCCGAACUACCAGCAGAUGGUGGACGGUCCUUGCCGUAGUAUGGAUAAUAAUGUCAGCUACUGGAACCUCACAUGCGACUCGCCCAUGGACUAUGCCAUACCGCUCUAUGGCUACUGCAUGCCCUUCCUGCUGAUCAUCACCAUUAUCUCCAACUCGCUGAUCGUUCUUGUGCUGAGCAAGAAGAGCAUGGCCACGCCUACGAACUUUGUGCUGAUGGGCAUGGCUAUAUGCGAUAUGCUGACGGUUAUAUUUCCGGCACCCGGCCUGUGGUAUAUGUACACAUUCGGCAAUCAUUAUAAGCCCCUGCAUCCGGUCUCCAUGUGUCUGGCCUACAAUAUUUUCAAUGAGAUCAUGCCAGCCAUGUGCCACACCAUCUCCGUUUGGCUAACUCUGGCCCUGGCCGUGCAAAGAUACAUCUACGUUUGCCACGCCCCCAUGGCCAGGACAUGGUGCACGAUGCCGAGGGUGAAGCGCUGCACAGCGUACAUCGCCCUGCUGGCCUUUCUGCACCAGGUGCCGAGGUUCUUCGACAGGACCUACAUCCCACUGGAGAUCGAGUGGAACGGCAGUGCCACAGAGGUGUGCCACCUGGAGACGGCGAUGUGGGUGCACGAGUAUAUCGGAGUGGACCUGUACUACACCAGCUACUAUCUGUUUCGGGUGCUGUUCGUCCACCUGCUGCCCUGCAUCAUCCUGGUGACUUUGAAUAUCCUGCUGUUUGCAGCGAUGCGGCAGGCGCAGGAGCGAAGGAAGCUGCUCUUCCGGGAGAACCGGAAGAAGGAGUGCAAGAAACUGAGGGAGACCAACUGCACUACGCUGAUGCUGAUCGUGGUGGUGUCGGUGUUCCUUCUGGCCGAGAUACCCAUUGCCGUGGUCACGGCCAUGCACAUCGUGAGCUCCCUGAUCAUCGAGUUCCUGGACUACGGCCUGGCCAACAUCUGCAUCAUGCUAACGAACUUUUUCCUCGUCUUUAGCUAUCCGAUUAACUUCGGCAUCUACUGCGGCAUGUCGCGCCAGUUUAGGGAGACCUUCAAGGAGAUAUUCCUUGGCCGACUGAUGGCCAAGAAGGACAGCUCCACCAAGUACUCGAUCGUCAAUGGCGCCCGCACCUGCACGAACACCAACGAGACGGUCCUCUAGUAAUUGGUGAUGUUGGUGCCGCGGCGAGGCAGUAGCGACCACCGUCGCUCCACCACCAGCACCACCACCAGAUCGGCGGUGAUCAUCGGUGGUGAGGCAACUCCGCAGCAGCACCAGCAUCUGGUUACUCAUCUGCAGACCCAUCCGCAGCCCAGUCAGCAGCGGCGGGUCAGCACCAUGGACAUCAUCACCGAGGAGAGGAAUGUUUAGAUUCCUCCGAUCGGACUGGAUUAUUACCUAUAUCCCACUAACCUUCCUUAUUCCCUCCUUUCGUUAAUGGUCUCAGUUUGGGUUAACAUUUUCCACUAACACAAGCUAAAAGUUGAUCAUCCCCCCAAUGGAUUUACCAAAAACAGAGCUAAGCAGUAAGGUUUCAGACAAAAAAAAAUGAAAAUAAACAGGAAAAUUGUUAAAAAAAUAUCAAUAGAGGAAAACCAAUCGUAAGUCUGUCUGAAUUUAGAAGGUUUUUGCAAGCGAUUAAGCGAUUUUCACAUUUUCACCGUAACUUUUCCAAUGCAAAAGAGUUGCUAGGAAAGGUGAAACUCGUUUAGUUGCUAAAGUAAAGCCUCGAUAAAACCAAUAACUAAGUGUCUGUUCUAGUUUCCCCCGCAAAAAGCACAACUCUGUGUGUUUUCUCUCUGUGCGUUGAUGUCAUAUUUAAACUAGAUGUUAGUGGGUUAAGCUUAUAUAAAGGGUUUACAGGGGGAGGAGGGGGUGUAGCUUUGAAGAAGUGAUAGCUGAGAGGCAGGGGGUAGGGGGAGGCGUUCUGGAAUUCACAAUAAUAAGAUGAUACUAUAGUAGAGAUAAGGAGAAUACUUACAGGAAACUCGAAACUAAUGGAAAAUUGAUAAAAACUGAGUGUAAGAAUCAGUUAGGAUGAUGAUGAUUAAAUGUUUAGCCAUUAAGAAGAUAUUUACGAAUCUUUUUGAGGUCUUAAGGGAAAUGGGUUUAGUUUGGAGCCAUUUUGAAGGCCAUUUGUAAAAUACUUUUAUAGCCUAAUCGGAGUUAGUAAGAGUAGUUAGCGUUUAGGAUUGGCAACUCGUUUAAAUUCGUAAACCUUUUGAGCCCCAGAGUUUACCGAUUUAAAUGAAAGGAAAGGAAAAUGAAAAAGAAAAGAUUACAUAACAAAGAUCAGUCAUAACGAAUUUCAAGUCGAUGUUGUAGGCUACACACAUAAUUUUUUUUUUCUAGUGUAAGUACAGUUACGAUUGCAGUUUCUCCCGUUAAAAUGUUCUAAGUGUAGGUCAUAGGCUGUAUAUGUAGGUGACUAAGCAAGCAAGCAACUACGACUAAACCAAAUACAAGAACUUAAGCCUAACUACAACUUUAAACUAUAAUAACUACCACCCUUAACUAUAGCUGAAAGUUGUCUGUCUGAAUGGAAUGUGUUAACUAUUUAUAUAUAUAUGGUAUAUGCGUACUUCGGUUUCCGUUUCUGAUCUGAUCUGAUCUGAUUAUGAUCUUUGAUUUUGUACAUAUAUACUUUGACGGUGCAUCCAAUAAUGAAUAAAUAAACUAAUUAAAUGUCAAA